AUGAGUGAUUCCCUAGAGUUACAAAGAUCAACCUUGGAGAAUCUUGAUGCUAUUGAGGAUGCAUUAUCUCGAAGGUUUUUAAGAAAUCCAGGUCUCCUUCCCAAAACGUUACGUCCUAAGCAUGGAAAUAUACUAACUGAAAGGAAUAGAGCAUACACUAAACGAUUAUUUCGUCUUCAACAGCAUGAAUUGAAACAAUUUCUGGAUGAGUAUAAGAAGUUGUUGAAACAAUCCAUUGCCACGUUUGGGACUGACUCAACUACAAUUCAACAUGAACUCCAAAACAUCAAGGAGGAUGACUCAUUUGAAAAGUUUGAUAACUUGAUCGCUCCAUUUAUAAAUGAUACUGAUGAGGGCCUAGUAGUGCGAGGAACACAACUGAAAUACUCAUUAUUUGGUAAUGCUGAUCCAAGAGAUGUCAAGGUGAAGUUGAAAAAAAGAAAAGGCAAAGAAAUCACAAUGGUAAGAAGAAAAGGUUUGUUAAGUACAGCGGCUUCUCAUUUACUGGAUAUCGAGAUUAAUGAUAUUCUUGACUUAAAACAGUUUCAUCAGUAUUAUAACGAGAACUUCGUAACAAACGAGAUUCCCUAUGUGCAAUAUUUAUACUCCUUUCAAAAGUUUCCUUAUGAAAAAUCUAAUCACGAGGGUUAUCGUCCAUAUUUGAAGUCCCUUUAUGUAUUUUUGGAACAAAUGCAUGCACAGUUAUAUCCAUUGGCGGACUCUGAUCGUAUUCACGAAGAAAUUGACAAUAGUUUUGACGGGGAAAGCUCACAAGGCACCGAAACCACUGUCGCCGAACUAUAUUGUGCUGUUUGCGACAAACACUUUGCUACUUCAACCGUUUACAAGGCUCAUCUUGAUAGCAAGAAGCAUUUAAAAAAGGCUUCUAAGGUUAGUGAAGCACCAGAAAACAAGAAGAAGAAACCCAAUUCUUGGUACGAACAAGCAAUAAAGGUGUUGGCAAGGCAUCUAGAGGAACCUAUUCACCAAACAGAAAAGUACCUGGUCCUGUCUGAGAGAGCUAAGUUCAAUGAGGAGCAAGAUCAAAUUGAUAUCGAAAACGAGUAUACGGAAGUGGACGACAGUGGUAGAUCCGAUUCCGAUGAAGAUUCAGGCUCAGAUUCAGAAACUGAUGCUAAUCUAUUCAAGAAUCUACCUUUGGGGAGUGAUGGUACGCCAAUUCCUUAUUGGCUUUAUAAACUACAAGGUCUACAUAAAACCUACACGUGUGAAAUUUGUGGAAAUGUUGGAUACAAGGGUAAACAAGCAUUUGAAAGGCAUUUCAAUGGCUCUAAACAUCAAAAAGGUUUGCAGCUAUUGGGAAUUGCUGAAGAUAACUUUCCGCUCUUCAAGAAUAUCUCACUAAUUGAUGAGGCCCAGAACUUGAUGCAAAAUAUAAAAAGAGAGACAAGGAUAAAACAGAGUGAAAUACAUGAUGCGAUAGAAGUAGAAGACAAACAAGGAAAUGUGAUGAGCUAUUUAGAUUAUUUAGAUUUGAAAAAGCAGGGUUUAAUAUAA